UCACCAGCAGCAAGCUCCCCAAUUUAUCACUUGAAAUUUGCCAGUUAGAUAUCAUUAACAGCUUUUAAUAACUCAGCCUAGGAAAUAAAAAGUGUAUGAAAGCAGUUAUUAUAUUUUGUACAUUUAAUUGGAAAUCAUAUAUAUUAUAUUGAACCACAUUAUAUUGCACCACAUUAUAUUGCUGAUAUUCAACGGUUUUGGCCUUCAAAAACGGCAGUUUUAUAUGGUUCAAAUGGAAUAUAUUUAGUAUUAAACGCGUUUAAGAAAUAUGGCAAUAGGGGUUCCAAAGCCUCUCAUUCUCCGUUUUACUCCUAUCAUCUCCUGCCUGUUAGAGAUGUGGUAUUAUUCUAAAAUUUCAGAAUCUAUCUCUCCUACAUUUGCAAGUUGUGGUUUAAAAAUAGUAUAAAUUAGUAAUUUUGUUUAGCCAGGUAUCCCAAAGGGCUAGUACGAAUAAUUCAACGUUUUAUAGAGAGAAUAUACUGGUAGUUCCUUGAUUAUUUAGGUCAGUGGUUUACAAACUUUAGCGUUCAUAACAAUCACUGGAGAACUUAUUAAAACAGAGGUUUCUGAGCUCUAUACCUAGAGAUUCUGAUUCAGUAGAUUGAGGUGGAGCUAAUGAAUUUGCCUUUCUUACAAACUCCCAAAUUACGCUGACGCUGCUGGGUCCUAAGAUCAUACUUUGAGAACCAGAGACCUGCGGGGUACAGAAGAGACUUAUUUGUUGUAAGGCCUCUUCUUCUUCUUCUUCUUUUAUUUUUUUUAGUAAAUAAAGCUCAAGCUGAUGAGGUAUGAGAUAAACUCUUUAAGCCAGAAACAUUUCUUGGAAAAGUACUACAUUAGCUCAAUUGUAAGGUAAUCGUAAAUUGGAUUUGCUUUGAGUUAAUUCCUACAGCCCACAAUUUCAGGACAACUAACUCUUAAGGAAUUUAUUCACCUGUUCCAUCUUUAAAUCUGCAUGGUGUUCUGGCUUGCCAGGACGCCCAAACCUGAUGCUAGAGCUCUAGGCCAGGGUCACUAAUGUAUUAUCAGAGGCAGCACGUCCAGCUUGACAAACUCUGCAGGAGGUUCCAGAUAGAGAAGCGCGUGGGCGCCAAUCUAGGAGACCAAACCCGACCUGAGCAGUCCGCCAACCUAACCGCAUCCGCGAGUCUUUUCUCCUUCAGGGUCCCUUGUGGAGUUCGGGGAACCAAGUAGGAGUGAAAAGGAGCCCCUGAAGGAACGCAGCGGGCAGGUUUAGACCAGUGGGAGAUCACGCUGCGAGUCUGCGCCCAGAACCACCGCCUCCGAGCAGUCGCGGGAUUGCCGCCUCACAAGGAGCCGUUCGGCCCAAGGACCGACCGAGCGCGGGAUCUCUCAAUCCGGAGAGGCUCUGCAAGCCGGCAUUAAGGCCCGCGAGCUCGCUCACUCAUCUCAGCCCACCCAGUCGUCCAGGCUUGCGAAAUGUCGGCCAAGGCUGAAGUCGGCUUAGCGAAGGAGGCUUCUCGGCAGAUCCUGGCCGGUGGUUCCGCUGGUCUUGUAGAAAUUUGCCUGAUGCACCCUCUCGAUGUGGUGAAAACCAGGUUCCAAAUUCAGAGAUGUGCAACUGAUCCAAACAGUUAUAAAAGCUUAGGAGACAGCUUUCGAAUAAUUUUCCGAACGGAAGGGUUGUUAGGUUUUUACAAGGGAAUUCUGCCACCCAUCUUGGCUGAAACACCAAAAAGAGCAGUGAAGUUUUUCACCUUUGAGCAGUAUAAGAAAUUGCUAGGAUAUGUGUCACCGUCACCAGAAUUGACAUUUGCCAUUGCUGGACUGGGAUCUGGACUAACAGAAGCCAUCGUGGUUAACCCUUUUGAGGUAGUAAAAAUUGGCUUGCAAGCCAAUCGGAACACAUUUGCAGAGCAACCAUCCACUAUGAGUUAUGCAAGACACAUCAUUAAGAAGGAAGGCUUGGGACUCCAGGGCCUCAACAAAGGAUUUACAGCAACUUUGGGACGUCAUGGGGUUUUCAACAUGGUUUAUUUUGGCUUCUACUACAACGUCAAAAACAUUAUUCCUGUCAAUAAGGAUCCAACCUUGGAGUUUUGGAGAAAAUUUGGGAUUGGUCUUCUCUCGGGCACAAUAGCUUCAGUCAUUAACAUCCCUUUUGAUGUUGCCAAAAGUAGGAUUCAAGGGCCUCAGCCGGUUCCUGGAGAGAUCAAGUACAGAACCUGUUUUAAAACAAUGGCAACAGUCUAUCAGGAAGAAGGGAUUUUAGCUUUGUACAAGGGCCUGCUUCCCAAGGUUAUGAGGCUUGGACCAGGUGGUGCGGUGAUGCUGCUGGUUUAUGAAUAUACCUAUUCAUGGCUUCAGGAGAACUGGUGAUUGUCUCUGAAGUGUUUUUUCUCCUUGAGAUAAUGGAUAUUUGCUAUACAGUACCUUGAGAAGGCAAGACUAUCAAUCAUCUAAGCCAAUACAAUUAUAAAUUAUAAUUGUACAAUUAUAUACAAUUAUAAAGGGGAAAACAUUCGAAGAACAAAAUUUAUUUUGAUACUUCAAAAAUUAUCUCUAGACUAUUCGAGACUAUAGUUUUGGCCAUAUCCAUAAAACUGUGAGAAGAAACAUAGUUUGAAGCAAUGAGGUAUGUGAACUGAAUAUAAAAAAAUAGCCUAAAAAUCAGCUGUAUUUCUUUAUAAGUUUCUAAUAAAUUUAUAAAAGCAA